UCUUGCCGGCCAAACUCAGGCUAUGUUUGGGGGGGCUUUUUAGCUCCCCUGCUUAUAAGCACAAGAGUCACAUGCGUUUGGUUAGCUGACUUAUGCUCAGCUUAUUUGAAAAGCCACUGCAGCUUCUCUCAAAAAGCAGAAGUUGCCUGACCCCUGCUUUCAGAAGCCAGAAGCCAGCAGCGUACUGUAGCGGAGAUUACUGUAGCUAAAUGAAUCUUUCUAAAUGACGGAGUCUAUCCUUCCUUGGUUGAGGCAAUUACGGAUUGCCAUUACCCCUUCGAGAUGAGAUCUCAGACUCUGCUUCAUUUUCAUCUCUAUCCCAUCUCUACUCUCCCUCUGACGCCGUCGGGCUCUCAUCACAGACCAAGCAUCGCUCUCAUCACAGACACCGCCUCAGCCUCUCAUCUCUGACGCCGCCUCAGCCAAACAAUAAUCACUAAAACCCCAAGCACAGAGCAACUGAAAUUAUUGUUGGUUAGAAUUAUGGAUGAGAAUCGAGUGUAUCAAUCCGAGUUCGAAAGAUGCAGAAGCUAGGGUUUCCGAGCAUGAGGAGCUUGGAUCAGUUCAAGUCCCUCUCCAAAUCGGUCUCAAGAGGACCUCCGAAGACCUUCGCCUACUCUUCGCGUCCGCAGGAGUCGACCUCGUCGGGAAGCUUCGCGAACUUGAAGCUCACCGCAGGUUUUGAGGAAAAGAUUUAUAUAGCCUCAUCAUUAAGGGACAUGCAAGGUUAUUCAUUUGAUAAGCAAGUGAAGAUUGUCAUUGUCACCAUGACACUUCAUAAUUAUAUACGGAGACAUGCACAUGGUGAUAGACAUUUUGUCCGCAGUGAAGAAAGAAAAGGUUAUGGGUCAAGUGGUGGGAUAGAAAUGGAUGAUGAUGUAGAAGAAGAAUAUCAUGGUCACGGUGCACAAGAAAUGGAAACAAUAAGAAAUAACAUUACUCAAAGUUUGAUGAAUGUGCGUAAUAACGUGAACAUUUGAUGCGAAUCAGAAACCAAUUGUUAUUAAUGUUACU